CAGGUGGCCCGCGGGGCUCCCCGACGUGGAGCUCCGCCUCGUCUUCUCCUUCGAGGGCGCCGGCGAGGCCGCGUCGGUGCCCUGCCGGCGCCGCAGCGCCUCCGAGGCGACCUGCGCCGCUCCGCCGGCGCACCCGGGGGAGGCCGUGGCGGCCCUGGCGCUGGACGCGACGAUCGACGGGGACACGAACAGGACGCAGGCGCUCGACGUGCAGUUCACGUACGUGCCGGUGCCAGAGGUUGUGGAGGUCGUGCCGCCGAUGGCGUCGACGAAGGGCGGCACGUGGGUGGAGGUCCGCGGUGGGCCGUUCGACGGCAGGGUGCAGUACUGGUGCGCGUGGCUCCCCGCCCUGCCGACGGCGCUCGCCGACCUGCCGGCGUUGGCGGCGCGGCCCGCGCGGCAGGUGGGAGGCGACGUGGUGCUGUGCGAGACACCGGCGGUCUUGGCGCCGGCCCGCGCGGUGCUGACCCUCGCCUCCGAUCCAGAGCUGGCCUUCUUCGCCCUGGGCCACUCCUCCUUCGACCUCUUCGAGGAGCUGCGCCUGGACGCCGUGGAGCCGCCCCGCUGCCUGGUCGACCAGAACAGCACGCUCCAGCUGAGGGGCAGCUUCCGGAACGACGAGGCCCUCGAGUGCGUGUUCCUCGAUACAGCGGCGCAGCGCGACGUUGGCGACGGCUCGGCGCCGCUGCACGCGGGCGCGGCGCGCACGCGGCUGGCACUGCUCGGGGGCGACCAGGCGCAGUGCGACUGCCCCGCCGCCGGCAACGUGGUCGGCGGCCAGGCCGUGCUGCGGCUGGCGGCGGGCGGUGUCGUCAACGGCGGCGCGCUGCUGGUGCGCUUCGAGAGGACGCCCGUGUCCCUGCACGCCUGGGGGAUCCCGGCUCCGCUCCGGCCCCUCAGCCCGCGGGAGCCCGAGUUCCAGAUGCUGCACGCCUCCGCCGGCGCGGGGGGCGGCGCCGUGCUGCCGCUCUUCGGCGGCGAGGGCGAGGGCGUUGGCCUGCCCGCCGGCGCCGCCUGCGCCGUGGGCUCCCAGGCGGGCGAGGUGCUGCCGGCCGCGCCCCGCAGCGCUGUGGAGGCGCUGCCGGGCCGCCUGCUGGGCGGUGCGCGCGCGGUGGGCGGCUGCCAGCUGCCCACGUUCCCGGCCCGCGCUGCGGGCGAGCAGGAGCUGCUCCUGUCGCCGGACGGCGUGCACUGGCGCUCGGCGGGCGUGGUGGACGUGGGCGCGUCGCCGCGCCUGCGCGCGCUGCAGGCGGCGGCCGGCCAGAGCGGCGGCGGUGCGGCGCUGCGGGUCGUCGGCGAGGGCUUCGUCGACGGCUGCCAGUGCGCCUUCGUCGGCGGUGGGGGCUGGGACCCCAUCGAGGCGCUUCGUCGCCCAGAGGGCCUCGCUCUGUCCGCGGCGGCCACCGUCAGCAGUGAGGCGGAGCUCCUGUGCAGCAUCCCUGGGAGCAUCGGCGCCGUCGGCAGCAGGAUCGCCGUGGCUGUCGUCUGCCUCCCAUCGCGCGCAUCCAGCAACGUGAUGUGGUGGUCUAUUCGGCCAGCUCCCACCCUGCUCUCCGCAGAGUCGCUGAGCGUCCACAGGGGCAUGAGGUCGCAGCACAUCCUGCUGCGCGGCAGCGGCUUCGCGGCGGCGGCGCCGAUUUCGUGCGCAUCGUCGCACGCGCCUGGCAUACGAUUCCCCGCUGCGGUGCUAAGCGACUCUCUAGCGUCGUGCGAGCUGCUGGACGGGCCCUCGCGAGCUCUGUCCAAGUGGUGGGUCGAGCCCGUGCCACUGCUGCUGUCCGUGGCGAACCGCUUUGGCGACUCCUCCGCGCGGGUGGCGCUGCGGAUCGACGAGCCCGCUGGCGUGGGGCACAUCGGGCCGAACGCCACGUAUGUCACGGGGGGGAGCAAGGCCUUGAUAGAGGGGCAGAGCUUGCCUCCAGGGAGCCUCUGGUGCCGCUUCGGCGACAUCCACGUGCCCGCCGUCGUCGACCCGUACAGCAGGCAGACGCGCGCGGAGUGCAAGGUGCCUCCGGCUGUGGAGCAGACGACGACGAUGCAGGUGGUGAGCACUGCGGAUCGCACCGCCUCGGACCUGCACGAGCUCACCUAUAGGCCCGUCGCCCAGGUGCACAGGGUGCUCCCCCGGCCGUACGCGCCCUUUGCAUACACCGGGGGCAGCAGGCAGCUGCGCGUGGACCUGGAGGGCAGCGGCUUCGAGGACUUCGCCGACUGCAAGGUGCGCUUCGGCGAGGUCGAGGCGCCAGACACGAAGGUGGUCUCGCCGACGCUGGUGGAGACCGUCCUGCCGAACAUGACGGGCAACGCGACGGUGCCCGUUCACAUCUUCUGCGCCGGCGUGCAGGCCACGCCGAAGCACACCCUACGCUUCCGCUUCGAGCACCUGCCCGAGGUGGACGGCGUCGACCCGAGCGAGGUGGAGGCGAGGGCCGGCCAGUGGGUCACGGUAUUCGGCCGCCACCUGGACGACCGCCCAGGGCGGGCCUGCCGCUUCGGCGCGAUGGUGGUGGGCGGCACUGGCGUGCGUCCGCUGGGCCCCCACGCCGUGCGGUGCCAGGUGCCGCUGUUCGACCAGGACGUGCAGCAGGUGCAGGUGAGCUUCGCCAGCGACGGCAUCCACUACUCCAGCGGCCACGCGAGCCUCGCCAUGGCCUCGCGGCCGCGCGUGCUGGCGGUGGCCCCCGCCGCGGCGUUCGUGGAGACCCUGACGCCGGUGACGGUGCUGGGCCACAACCUCGCCUCCGGCCUGCAGUGCCUCUUCGACGAGCGGGUGCGCGUGGAGCCGGCCGAGCUCAGCGCGGACCGCCUCAUCUGCGACAUGCCCGCCUCCUUCCAGCAGGUGGGUGGCUACGUGUCCUUCCGCGUGGUGCUGCCCUGGGACCACAGCCGCAGCCAGCCCAGCGUCGUGCAGGACCGCGCGUUCCGCAUCGCCCUGCGCCGCAGGCCCGAGUUCCAGACGGCGUUCCCCCUGUCGGGCACUGUUGCCGGCGGCACGCCCCUCACGCUGCGCGGCCGCCACCUCGACUUCGACGCCAGCGCGGCGUGCGUCUUCGGCGACAGCGACAGAUCUACACCGGCGGUGGUGGGCAGCACGGAGAUCAGGUGUCUGAGCAUCGGUCCACUCGACGGGCAGCCCCUGGUGGCCAACAUCUCUGUGCGCUACUUCGCUGCAGCGCCGUUCAACGAGGUCGUCACCGGGCUGCAGUUUCGCUUCGAGAGCGUGCCCGCCAUCGAGCACGUGCACCCCCCCGCGGUGUGGCUGGGCAAGCGGCUGGACGUCCACGGGGCCGACUUCGAGGUAUCUCUGCCGAUGCUGUGCCGCUUCUCCGCUGCUGGCGUCGCGCUGGAGGCCGCCGCGGUGGUCGAGUCCACCGGCUGGCUUGCGUGUGCCGUCCCGGCGACGAUGCCGACGGGCCGGGCCACCGUGAGCGUCACCGUGAACGCGGUCGAGUGGAGCGAAGAGCACCCCUUCCACAUCUACGGCGGCGAGGUCGCGCUCGUGGUCCCGGAGCCGCAGCACGUCAGCGGCUACGGGAACGAGACGGUGCGCAUGCGCCUCCCCGCCGCGCCGCCCCUCGCGCCGGGCUUUGGCGGGGGGCCCUGCGAGGACGACGAGUCCAGGAGGUGCCUGGCCCCCGCAGGCCAGGCGCCCGCGAGCUGCGCGGAGUACGCCGCCGCAGGCGCGUGCGGGCAGCUGCGCUACGACGUGUGCUGCCGCCGCACCUGUGGGCUGUGCGUCGACCAGCUCCUCGCCGCGUCGCCGCCGAACCUGGCGUGCGUGGUGGACGGCUACGACCUUCAGCCCUACGCGGCACUGCGGGCGGAGGGCGGGGAUCUGGUGUGGCAGUGUGCGCUGCCGCCGCUGGAGGAGGGCCACCACGCGCUGGAGCUCGCCCUGCUCUCGCAGGAGUUUGCCGCCCCGUACUCCUCGCCGGACCUCCCCGCGGACCCGCGGCCGCUGGUGCCGCUGGCCCGAGCUCUGGAGCAAGGGCCGCAACCUGCUCCGCACACCAGGCUCUACGAGUACAUCCCUCUCUACCUGACGGGCAGCACCCGCGCGCAGGAGAUCACCCGCGAGCACUACAUGGGCCACGACUACCACUGGGAGCUCUCCUUCGGCUGGACCAACAAGAGCUUCGGGGGGAGCAUCUUCCUACAUCAGCGGUUUCGGCUGGCACACCUACGUCUGAUCUACCCUCCGCCCGCGGCGCUCUCGGGCCGCUGCGGCGCAACAGUGCUUCGUCGGGAGGGCGCCCUGAAGACGCGCGACCUGCAGCAGGCGGUCACGUUCCUCCCCAAGAUGGUGCGCCUGCACGCCCAGCUGCUCAGGGACCUUGCGGACUCGGAAUGGAUCAGCAUCGAUACCACGCCCACGGCCACUACGAUCGUCGCAGCUCGGAAAGCGGGCAAGAUGUACGCAGAGGCGGCGCAGUCCCCCGAGGCGAAGCUGCGCACGCGCCACGACGACCAGUACACCAGGACGCAGUUCGCUAACGCGGACCAGAUCACACGGAAGAGCGUCAACCCAGACGGCCCUCAGGAGACUUGUCUCGACGCUCUGGGCGGCCGCCAGAAGAUGGGGACGGGCCACCUGGAAUCGAUGGCCCAGAAAAUGCCAGACAAGAACCGCCAGACCCACUACGGCCAGAAGGGCUGUCCCGACCCCUUCCCCGUGCAGGACCUGCUCGGCGCGAGCCUGGACGCGGCCGGCGGCGGGUGCCCCGAGGGGCCCUGGGCCAAGGCCGACGCCAGCUUCUCCCCGCCCUUCUGCGGCACCGCGCACCCGCUGGCAGCGGCGACCGGAGCGGUGGUGCUGGGCGAGGGUGCGGUGGUGUGCCAGGUGAAGCCGCUUCCACUCUUCGUCGAGGCCAACGGUACCACCAGGAGGAGGGAAAUGGAGCUCUCGCAGCCGCUUCUCCUCGGCCUCGGGGAGGGCGCGGACCCAACCGCGUGGUUCCACUCCGGCAUGGGCCUGACAUACGAGCACGACCUGGACUACCCGCUGGUGAGCGUGAGCCCCCAGCGCGGCCCUCUGGAGGGUGUCGACGUGGACCUGCGGACUCUGGGCAGCCUGCCCGCUCGCACGCGCUGCCUCUGCCAGUUCGGCGAGGCGCAGGUGCCCGCGACCUGCGUGGCGACCCUCAUGGUCGUUCGGUGCCGCGCGCCGCCGGUGGUGCAGGCGGGGCAGGUGGCGGUCAGGUUCUCGAUGGACGGUGGCGUCGCCUGGAGCGAGCCCCUGGGCUUCGAGUACUACGCCCACCCCACGUUCGGUGCCAUCCAGCCGCCGCUGGGCCUGCUGACGGGCGUGAACCGCGUGAGCCUGCACGGCGAGAAGUUCCCGACGUCGCCGGUGCCGUCCUUUUGCCGCUGGCAGGGCGUGCACAUCUCUGGGGCGGAGGUCCUCAGCUCGAGCGUCCUGCGCUGCGACGUCCCCGGGAAGUUCAAGUUCGAGCCGCUCGAGCAGGCCUUUGCCGACAUGCCCCUGAACCUGGAGGUCAGCUUCUCCGGGGACCCGCUCAUCUGGAUCCCGGUGGACCACGUACUGACCUUCACGCACCACGACGCGCCCGUGCGGGACUUGCAGAUGCUGGUCCUCUCCCCGCGGCUCGGGCUCGCGGCGGGCGGCACCAAUUUGAGAAUCAGCGGCUACAACUUCGUGAGCCCGCCGCCCAACGAGUCGCUCGCCUUCUGCAUCUUCGCUGGCAGGGCGUACUCGCAGAUGGCGGUGCAGAGCAGCCUGGAAGCCUCCUGCAAGGUGCCGGCCCUGGCGGACAUCGGGGACGGCAUGGCGUUUCCGGCGCACGUCACCGUCGACCUCACCUUCGACGGCGGGCAGACGUCGACGCGGCUGCAGAACGUCUAUACCUUCCUCGGGUCCUUCACGUUCACGGCGAUCUCACCGCAGCAGGGCUUGAGCACUGGCAGCACCGGCGUCGUGCUCUUCGGGGCGGGCUUCGUGGGCACGCCGAUGCUGUCCUGCCGUUUCGGGGACGGCGCGGAGGGCGCCGUCGCGGCGGCAUCCGUGAUCGACGGCGGGCUCAUCCAGUGCGCCUGCCCGGCGCUGCCCCCGGGCAACCGCAGCGUGUUCUACACCGUGGACGACCAGACCUUCUUGGACACGGGCCUCACCUUCGAGUCCACGGAGACGCCGGACCUCUCGAUACUCGAGCCUCCACGGGGCUCCCGUCUGGGCGGCACCCAGGUCUUCGUCACCAUGGACGGCCUGCGUUUCACCGCGACGCUGCAGUGCCGCUUCGGCUACGAGCUCGUGUUCGCGAAGCAGACCGACGCUGGCGACAUCUUUUGCUAUUCGCCUCCGUGCGAGGACGCAUUCUACAGCUCCGAGGAGCGGAGAGGGCGGGGAGCUAUGAGCGAGGCGAGGGUGAAGCUGGAGGUGGUGGGGCCUCUCUGA